AUCUUGUGCCUCAAUUGAUGCAGUGUCACCUCCUUGGUCUAUGCCUAUUCGAGCCUGUAACUGUUGCUGUCCAACAGGUUUCGAUGACCCUCGGCCAGCUCUCGUAUAAGCACGGUCCACCAAACCCCCUGGAUGAAGCUAUUCCCACUCGACCCACAAUGUCGAACCUUCUAGCAGCGUACACCUGUGAGGAUAAAUUGGCUCUCGAGCUACCAGAGUUUCACAUCUCUUCUUUCCUUCCGCAAGUUCAGUGUACUCGUAGAGUCGUCAUCAGCUAGUUGCAAUAUACUACCUGAGACCGUUACACAACAUUCUCAGAGAUCAGAGAUAGAUCAUAGAGAUCAGAUGAUUUCUCAAUAUUCUCAGUCAUCUAUCUCUGGCGUGAUAUUUUACUGUGGCCGAAUUAUGUACAAGUAAAGGUAGCGAUCUCGUCUGGGUGUCUUUAUUAUAUGUUUUGCUUAUUAUACCCAAACAAACUCUAACACACCUAAAACGACAUACACAAAAUGUG